CUUCCUGAAUAGUACCGGGGUCUCGGUCUGAUUCUUCACGUUUGUUGUACUGUUUAAUGCUUUUUUGAGACGUUUUAUAAACAUGUCGAGGAACAUGUUGUCGGACAGAUUCAGGAGGGUGGACGUGGAUGCAUUUGACGAGAACAAAUUCGUGGACGAGGAGGAGGAGGAGGAGAAAGGUGGAGAGAAUCAGCUCGGACCGGACGAGGCCGAGGUGGAGUCUCUCAUCAGACAAUCACUUACUGGCAAUAUGAUGGGGGCUCUACAGGCUGUUUUGAAUAAUCCACCCAUUAACACCAAGAACCAAACCGUCAAGAAGCAUGCUGAAGGUCUGGUGCUGAAGGUGUUAACAGGGUUUAAAAGCAGUGAGAUUGAGAAAGCAGUUCAGUCUCUGGAUAAGAAUAAAGUGGAUCUGUUGAUGAAGUACAUCUACAGAGGGUUCGAAUGGCCAUCGGAUAACAGCAGUGCCGUCCUGCUCAUGUGGCACGAGAAGACCCUCUCUGUAGGCGGCGUUGGCUCCAUCGUGCGGGUGCUCACAGCCAGAAACACCGUCUAACUCUCCGUCACCGGGCCUCGGCAGCGCUGGCACAGGGAUUGGCUGGCACAACCUCAGCGCCAGUCUCGUCAUCACACUGUGGAGGACUUCCUGUCUCUUUUUUUCUUACUUCCUUUCUUGCUUUUCUAUUUUAAUAAACUCGGCAGAUCGGAUCAGAUCAGGUCUAUCAGCAGAACGGCGAUGGAUCCCGAACACGGCGCGAUCCGAUCUGCUGCGUUUCACCUCGGACGUCCCAGCAUGCUUCAGGUCUGUCGUUACGAGACGCGGCUGCAGACUGUUGUUUUUUUUUUUUUAUUAUAUGAAACCUAAAGAUCUCAUCAUCAGACUUACACCAGAGCAUCACGAGCCGCAGCUUAAACCCAAUACACAUGAACGAUUCUGUACUACACACAUGAACAGCUCAAAUGAGCUUUUCUCGGACCUGCGGCCACGUCUGUGUGUCUGUUCGAACAUCCCGUAUGCUGAAAACGACAACGACAGGUCUGAGUUGCACUUCAUGGAUCUCUGAAGUUGUCUUUGCUCGAGAACUCAGCAGAAUAUUAAGGUUUAGGUAUCGGAUAACCCACUGUCUGGUGUUCACACAGACAUAAUUGGCUAUGUCUGAUGGGGCGGGGUGACGGGAUGUCCUGGGUAUUCCUGCCUUGCUUUGCAGCCCACCUGAUUUAUGUAAAUUCCAAUAAGAAAUCACAUUUUACUCUAAGCUUUUCCGCUAAGACGCUUUCAAUGUUUCUUUCUUAUGGUGCUGAUUUAGGAUCAGCUCAUCCUGAAUACUUAAUACUUUUCAGCAGGAUGAGGAAAGCUAAAGACUGAUCCAGGAUCAGGGCUCAGGCAUAAUAUGAUCACAUAUGAUGGACACAAUCUGUAUAUCAGUAUUAAAUGUUUAAAAGGAAAUUGUUCAAAAUAGGACCAGUUGAUCUUCAAGUUUAGUAGAUUGAGCAGAAUUCGGUGAGUGUUUGGUGUGUGUGUGUGUGUGAGUGCUGCAGUAUUUGCUGGAGAAAGUGUGUAUUUGGGGAACGUUAGUCUUGUCCAUCCGAGAAGCCAUACGUCAUGUUCGGAUCGACGUGAUCGUGUUUCAGACUUCCCGGGUUGUUCAUGUCAUUCGGUUGAUCAAGGUUACCGACUGCCUUAUGAAACAUUCCUUUUAUAAUGUGUGGUUCAUUUGGAAGCAAUAAAAAUUUUAUUACACCUCAAAA